UGACGUCUCACCACGUGCCCUCGCGUCUAACUCGAAUCCAACAUGGCGGCUAGCAACUACUACGUCUAUACUUCAGGCGCCCAGCAUUCACAGGGAUUUACAACAGUACAAAAUCCGCCGAUACAGACGAGCUACACAGCACCCCAAGCAAGCACUGGUUACGCUGUACAAGGCACAGCUCCUACAGCCGCCCACUACGGACCGCCACAAACCCAGCGACCAGUUGUCCAGCCGGCUUACUCCGCGGGAACGACAGCCUACGCUCAAAGUGCUCCUUCCCAAGGCAGCGGAUAUGGCUAUACAGCAAGACAACAAGACGCCCCUCCGCCUCCACCACCAACCAAUACAUCCUACCAAGCCGCCACUUAUCAACCUCACCAUGGAACGCAAACUUUCUAUGAGAGAGACGCGUAUGACACGAGCAAAAGCUACUACUCUCAACCACAAACCUCGAGCGUCCCUGCCUCUCAAGGUGGCUACUACGCUCAAGGAGCUGCUGCGUCCGCAAAGGCCGUCUACCAGAGUACUGUAGCAACAGGUUAUGGCACUACACCGGCAAGCGUUUCCCCAGCCGUGGCUAAAUCGCACCCUUACACGUCGAGUUCGACCGUCGCUUACCCAUACUCGAGUUAUUCGACAUCGAGAACGCACGCGAACUACAACAAUCCCGCGAAUUAUUCCUCUGCCGCAAGCUAUGGGGGAGCUGCUGUAGCUGGCGGCUAUCACCCUCAGGCUUAUGAAGCGGCCGUAUAUAAUGCAGCAGCCGCUUAUGUACAACAACAACACACUCCAUCUCGACCGAACUGGAAGAGCAAAAGUCCUGGUGGUGGUGGUGGAACAAUGGCGAUGAAAAACCAACAAAAGCCAAAGCUUCCCCCCAAACAGCAACAACUACAUUACUGUGAUAUCUGCAAGAUAAGCUGUGCUGGCCCCCAAACCUACAAAGAACAUCUUGAAGGACAGAAGCACAAGAAGAAAGAAUCUGCUGGGAAAACUAAACCCGAGGCUGUAAACUCUCCAAAUGCCUAUCACUGCCAGUUAUGUGACGUUACCUGCACUGGUGCUGAUGCGUAUGCGGCCCAUCUCAAGGGUGCAAAACAUCAAAAGGUUGUGAACCUUCACAAGAAAAUGGGCAAGCCUAUCCCAGAAAUCCAGCCCCCGAAAGCUCCUGAAGCCAAGGAUACCAAAGAGGAUGACAAGAACAAAGCCAACAAGAAUAAUAACCGUGGCCGUAACUUGCCUCGGCGCCCUGCUGCACCCAAGAUUAACUUCAUUGGUGGCACUAAGCUGACCACAACAGGUGUUGUUAAGGCAGAGGCAAGUUCAGCUUCUUCCACCUCAUCUGCUAGCGAUACAGCAACCAAAGAUGACAGCAUGGACACAAGUGGAGAGGGGGAAUCCAAGUUUGACUUGGCUUCCUUUACUGGGAUUGAUAAGACCAAGAUUGUUGGUUCUGAUUACCUUGAAGAAAUCAAGAAUGAUGAAGGCAAGGUUGUGAACUUCCACUGCAAGCUGUGUGAGUGCAAGUUUAAUGACCCUAAUGCCAAGGAUGCACAUCUUGCAGGCCGUCGCCACAGGUUACAGUACAAGAAAAAAGUUCAGCCUGACCUUGUGGUUGAGAACAAGCCAAGCACACGCCGGCUUAGCAAAUCCCAGGAGGACAAGCUACGUCGGCAGUGGGAGCAGGAGAAUUACUACAGGUGGCGACGUGGAGAUGGCGGGCAGUGGGGUGACAGUGACCCAAGACAGUGGGAGGACGAGGAGGGCUACCGACGCAUGGAAGAGGAGCAAUUCUGGGAAGAGGAGCAGAGGCGGAGAUAUGAAGCAGAGUGCUUUGAUUGGCCUGCAAGGGGUGGCCCACACCCUCCAGGACCCCACCCCUCAGCACACCUGAUGGACGGCCCCCCAGCCAUUCCCCCACCACGCCCUAGGUAUGACUCCCCUGAUGACCGCAUGGUGAUGAUGAAGCAUGGCACUAUCUACCCAAAUGAGCAGGAACUCCAGACCGUGCAGUCUAUAGUCUCUGCCUCUGAGAAGGCCCUGAAGUUUGUGUCUGAUGUCAUCGCAUCUGAGGAUAACCCACAGAUGGAGGUGGAGUCGGUGGAGGUGAAGAAGGAGGAGGAUGCCACUGCGCAAGCGUCUGCUACACCUGCCACUACUGAAGCGAAGGAGGAAGCUGACAAACCAGCUGAAGCAGCACCUGAGAAUGAAGGAUCAGAGAAAAUGGAUGCUAAGCAACAGCCACCUCGUGCUCUGAAAGGUGUGAUGCGUGUGGGUGUGCUGGCAAAGGGGUUACUCUUGCACGAGCGCCUGGACGUCUACCUUGUGGUCCUCUGUCAUGAUAAACCAACCAAGACAUUGUUGAAGAGAGUUUCAGAUAAUCUGCCCAGUCAACUAGAGAAAGUAACAGAGGAGAAGUAUGAAGUGAAGCUGAACUCUGAGGAGUCUACGGUGACAGUGUGCACCACCAGUGAACCCAAAGUCACAGUGACUGUCACCCUCACAUCGCCUGUCAUGCGUGACACAGAGGCUGCUGAUGAUGGUCCUGAAGUACUGGACAGGCAAAAAUGCCUGGAUGCCCUUGCAUCCCUCCGCCAUGCCAAAUGGUUUCAGGCAAAGGCUAAUGGUCUGCAGUCAUGUGUUGUAAUCAUCCGGGUGAUGAGAGAUCUAUGUGAAAGAGUUCCCACGUUUGCUCCUCUAAAUAAAUGGGCAUUGGAGCUGCUGGUAGAGAAGACACUCAGUAGCAGUGAACAGCCCCUGGGACCUGGGGAGGCUUUCCGCCGCAUCAUGGAGUGCAUAUCAUCUGGGAUAUUCCUUGAAGGUGGCCCUGGGUUGAAUGAUCCCUGUGAGAAGGAGCUGGUGGAUGCGUCAGUGGGCAUAUCCCAACAAGAAGCUGAAGACCUGACAGCAGCUGCACAGCAUGCCUUGCGACUUCAAGCAUUCCGACAGCUGCACAAGGUCCUAGGUAUUGACCCCCUUCCCCCACCGCAGCGCCGCUUUGGCCGCUUCAACCGCGGAGGCCGCUUCAAGAGGAGACGCGAAGACAGUGGGCCGAAUGAUGAGGGAGCUAAGGUGUUGAAGAAGGAGGAAGGGGAGCAGACGAGUGGACAGGGAAUGGAGGUGACUGCUGGAAACAAAGACACAGCGAGCACAAGCGACAAUAAGGCUUAAAUAGUCAGUCCCUGGUUCCCUUUGAUAGCUCCCUGCAAUUCUAAAAUGGCUAAUGGGGAAGUUCGCUUUGAUCGUUUAGCAUAGCAAGGGCAUUCGUUAAAGAAUCUUGGUAAUUUCAAGCCCUUGUUGGAUGUGAGGUCAUGUCAGCCAGUAAUUAAUUAAGAUGACGGACUCCUCAAGCUUCCCAGGCUUUCUAGAGAUUUUGACCUGAGUUGAAGAAGAAAGAAGGAUGGAAUUUAUUACUAGUUUAAUUUAAAUGUUUUCUUGUCUCUGUUUUGUUGCCCUAUCUCUUGCCUUCAUAGCCAGCUUGGGAUUGAUCUUUCUUAGAAUGUAUUAUAGUUAAGAUCCGACCAUAGUUCUUACACACCAAUGUUGCAUCUAUUAUAAAGUGAUCGUAUCAUCUAUAUAGGACUUUUGUGUAAGUGACAUUUUAGAUUCAAUUAAAAAAAAAUGAAAGGAA